CCGCAUGCAACGGGAGCUAUCCAAUUCCAAACAUGAGGCUGAUCCAAGCGCAUGACCUCCAUGAGAAAAAGAUACAACUGCGGCAGCUCCACGCCCCGACGUUCACCACGCGCAGCUCUCCAAGCCGCCUCUCCGUGUGUCUUUUCAUGGCACACCUCUGGCUAUGGCGAUAUAAAAGGGUGAGAAGCGAUCAGCUUCAGCAGUCCAUCAUCUUUUCUCGAAUACGCAGAGAAGAGCGACUGAUCUUAAGAUGGAGUUUCAUGGAAGGCACACAUGUCUAUCCUCCCAGGAUCCAAAUUCAUCUUCGGCUGCAAAUGAAGAAGGGCACAACGAUAUCGAGUUGGAAAUGGUAGCAGAAGAGAGCACGAAUGGAGCUGCAGAUGCUGAAGAAGCACGUAAAGACAUGUUGCUUGACAGCAGCAAGUUAGGAGCUCUAAAGAGGCGAGAAUUUUUCGACAAUCUUGUCAAGUGUGUCGAGGAUGACAACCUCCAGUUCCUGCAGAGACAAAAGGAUAGAAUUGAAAGGGUGGGUCUGAAGCUGCCGACAAUAGAGGUGAAGUAUGAAAACCUUUGUGUGGAAGCAGAAAGCAGAUACUCCGGAGGGAAUCACCUGCCAACUAUAUGGAACAGCAUCAAGGGUGUUUUCUCAGGCCCCAUCCGGUUAUUUGGGUCGAAAUCUAAUAAUAAAGUAAAGAUAAACAUUCUAGAAGAUGUGAGUGGAAUCAUCAAACCCUGCAGAUUGACUCUUCUAUUGGGACCACCAGGAUGUGGAAAAAGCACACUAUUGCGAGCUCUUGCUGGGCAACUCGAUAAAUCUCUCAAGGUCACGGGGGAUAUUUCUUACAAUGGUUAUAGACUUGAUGAGUUUGUACCAGAGAAAACUGCUGCUUAUAUUAGCCAAUAUGAUUUGCACAUACCUGAUAUGACAGUAAGGGAAACUUUAGACUUCUCUGCCCGGUGCCAAGGUGUUGGGAGUAGAGCGGAAAUACUCAAGGAAGUGAAGAAAAGGGAGAAGGUGGCCGGGAUAAUACCCGACCAUGACAUAGAUCUAUACAUGAAGGCAACAAUAACUGGAGCUACAGAGAAAAGCCUACAGACAGACUAUAUUUUGAAGAUCAUGGGGCUAGACAUAUGUGCAGACACUAUGGUUGGGGAUGCAAUGAGAAGAGGAAUAUCAGGGGGGCAGAAGAAAAGACUAACGACAGCGGAGAUGAUUGUUGGACCAUCAAAAGCAUUUUUCAUGGAUGAAAUAUCCAAUGGUUUGGAUAGUUCAACUACUUUCCGGAUAAUUAAGUGCUUUCAGCAACUGGCCAACAUCAACGAAUGCACCAUGCUUAUUUCACUUCUUCAACCAACACCCGAGGUGUUUGAUCUAUUUGAUGACCUGAUCCUAAUGGCACAAGGAAAGAUUAUCUAUCAUGGCCCUCGAAAUGAAGCUCACAAUUUUUUUGAAGAGUGUGGAUUCAGAUGCCCGGAGAGGAAAGGGAUGGCUGACUUUCUCCAAGAGGUAUUGUCCAGAAAGGACCAAAGGCAGUACUGGUCUGGUACAGAUGAAUCUUACAGAUACAUUUCUUCUGAUAAAUUAUCAAGCAUGUUUGAAAAAUAUCAGAAACGGAGAAAAUUAGAAGAGGCCACUGUACCUCACAAGAGCGAGUUGGACAAGGAAUCUUUGUCAUUCAAUAAAUAUUCACUACCAAAACUGGAACUGCUCAAAGCAUGUGGAGCAAGGGAAGCACUCUUGAUCAAAAGGAAUAUGUUUGUUUAUGCCUUCAAAACUGUUCAGCUUUCAGUUAUUGCAGUCAUUACAAUGUCUGUAUUCUUCCGGACUCAUAUGACAACAGAUUUAACUCAUGCAAAUUACUACAUGGGAGCAUUGUAUUAUUCCAUGUUACUCCUUGUGCUAAAUGGCCUACCAGAGAUGAGCAUGCAAGUUGCUAGAUUACCAAGUUUCUACAAACAAAAAAGAUAUUAUUUCUAUCCUUCAUGGGCUUAUGCAAUACCUGCAUCGAUCCUGAAGGUCCCUAUCUCCUUAUUAGACUCAAUUGUGUGGAUAUGCAUCACUUAUUAUGGUAUUGGUUACACAGCUACAGCUUCCAGGUUCUUCUGCCAAUUUCUGAUACUUUGUCUUCUCCAUCAAUCAGUAUCAUCAUCGUAUCGAUUUAUCGCUUCUUAUGCUCAAACACAUAUUUUGACUUUCUUCUACCAAUUUAUUUCCCUAGCAGUCUUCCUAGUGUUUGGAGGCUUCGUUCUUUCCAAAUCAUCUAUGCCAGGAUGGUUAAGCUGGGGAUUUUGGAUAUCUCCAUUGGCCUAUGCACAAAUCAGCAUGGCCAUAAAUGAAUUCUUAGCACCAAGAUGGCAAAAGGAAACUAUGCAGACCAAAACAAUAGGGAAUCAAAUCUUGACUAAUCAUGGUCUCUACUACAAUUGGUAUUUUUAUUGGAUAUCAGUUGGAGCGUUGCUUGGAUACAUCAUUUUGUUUUACAUUGCUUUUGGAUUAGCGUUAGCUUAUAGAAAGCCUAUUGAAUAUAAUGGAAGCAUUCCUAGAAAGUGCUGCAUUAACGGACAGGAAGAAGAGAUUGAUAUCCACAAAAAAUCUAAUGAUCGUGCAAACAUGACCCAAGAAGCAAAGAUGGUUAUGCCUACUAUGCAACUUGCACUUACAUUCCGCAACCUGAACUACUAUGUUGACACACCAAAGGAAAUGCUAAAACAAGGCUACCCUGCAAGAAGAAUUCAACUACUUAACAGUGUCACUGGUGUAUUCCGUCCUGGUGUUCUUACUGCGUUAAUGGGUGUCAGUGGAGCUGGGAAGACAACACUACUAGAUGUACUGGCAGGAAGGAAAACCGGAGGAUAUAUUGAAGGAGACAUAAGAAUAGGUGGACGUACCAAGGUGCAAGAAACAUUUGUCAGAAUCUUGGGUUAUUGUGAGCAAGUUGACAUGCAUUCUCCACAGCUUACAGUUGAAGAGUCUGUAGCUUAUUCAGCUUGGCUUCGUCUGCCUUCGAAGGUUGACGAAAAAACAAAAUCUGAAUUUGUUGAUGAAGUCCUCAAAACUGUUGAGUUAGAUGAAAUAAAAGAUGCUUUAGUCGGGAGGCCAGGAAUGAAUGGAUUAUCCUUGGAGCAGCGGAAAAGGCUAACAGUUGCAGUUGAACUUGUUUCAAACCCAUCAAUCAUACUAAUGGAUGAACCAACUACAGGACUAGAUGCUAGAUCAGCUGCAAUUGUUAUACGUGCAGUGAAAAAUAUAUCUGAAAAAGGAAGGACAGUAGUAUGUACAAUUCAUCAGCCUAGCACUGACAUUUUCGAGGCAUUUGAUGAGCUUAUUUUAAUGAAAAAUGGAGGAAAAAUAAUCUACAACGGGCCAAUAGGAAAGCAAUCUUGCAAAGUGAUUGAGUACUUUGAGAAAAUUUCCGGGGUCCCAAAGGUAGAGAGAAAUAGAAAUCCUGCUACUUGGAUGAUGGACAUAACAUCGCCAUCCAUGGAGGUUCAAUUCAAUAUAGACUUUGCAAGUACCUACCAAGAAUCACCAUUGCAUAGGGACAGGCAAGAGCUUGUUAAGCAACUAAGUAGUCCACUACAAAAUUCAGACGGCCUGUAUUUCACCUAUCGCUUCCCGCAAAAUGGAUGGGGGCAAUUUAAAGCUUGUUUAUGGAAACAGAACAUAAUUUACUGGAGAAGCCCUCAGUAUAAUUUGAAUCGUAUGGUGAUGACAGUGAUGCUAGCCUUGAUCUUUGGAGCAUUGUUCUGGAGGCGUGCAAAGAUAUUAAACAAUGAGCAGGAUUUAUUCAAUGUUCUUGGUGCAAUGUAUAUGGGGGUUAUACAACUUGGUGUUUAUAAUGAACAUUCGAUUAUAUCAUUCAGUACAACAGAGCGCAUUGUAAUGUAUCGUGAGAAAUUUGCAGGGAUGUACUCUUCCUGGGCGUACUCAUUAGCACAGGCUGCAAUAGAGAUCCCUUAUGUCUUCAUCCAAGCAAUACUCUAUACAUUCAUCACCUACCCGACAAUUGGCUAUUAUUGGACAGCAUACAAACUCCUACUGUUCUUCUACGCCAUCUUUUGCUCAGUUCUUUCUUAUAUAUAUGUUGGAUUGCUGCUUGUUUCAGUAACCCCAAAUGUUCAAGUUGCCACAAUACUGGGAACAUUUUUCAACACAAUGCAGACACUAUUCUCAGGGUUUAUUUUACCUGCACAUCAAAUGCCAAAGUGGUGGAUCUGGUUGUAUUACCUUGGCCCUACAUCUUGGAUACUCAAUGCCCAAUUGACCUCCCAGUACGGAAACAUAGGCAAGGAGGUCAAUGUAUUUGGAGAAACCAAAACUGUUGCUGUUUUCUUGAAUGAUUAUUUCGGGUUUCAUCAAGACAGGCUAAGCAUAGUAGCUACAGUUAUCACUGCAUUCCCUAUUGUAGUGAUUAUCCUUUACACUCUCUCAGUUGAAAAGUUGAACUUCCAAAAGCGGUAAACAAAUUCCAUGUAUGAAAUGGUAUGCCUAUGAAAUAUGCUCAAUCCUCUUGUUCAAGAAAGGAACUUGUGCAAAAGUGAUUCCAUCUUGUGUUAUUCUAUAAAAUAUUUAGAAAUUAUUACUCUAUCCAUCUUAUCCAUUGUUCUUUACUAAUUAAUGGCUGAAGCAGACCAAUUUGGAUACAUAACUUACUUUGGAUUAGAAUCAGGAUGGAUGUUGUAUGGUGACUCAAAUUCUACUUGGACUUGGACUCAAUAAGGGUGUACUAUUAGGACUCCUAAUUAUGCUAGGAAUUGAGUGUUGAAUCCUACUAGGAAUAGGACACCUAUUUGCAUGUACGAGGGUCUUGGAGAGUACUACAUAAACAAGGGUUUGGAAGCCAAUAGUCAACACGCAAGGUCUCAUCCAAGACUUAUAAGGGGCCAUUAGGAGCUCUCAGGAGGAUUAGGCUAGACAGUUCUAUAUAUAGCACUAGAUUCUUAUAUAGAGUAAGAAUCAGAUAGUCCUAGAGGGUAUCAAGUAAAGCUGCGAGAAAGUGACAAUCACUUAUUCUUUUUUUGAGCGGAUACAAUCACUUAUUCUUAUGGAGUUCUACUUAAAGAAUUUGUGGUCAG